AUGUCGAUGCGGAUCGAGUUCUUCCACUGCCCGAAAUGCGGAAUCCCAUUUGACGCUGAGCCGGGCAUGCCGCAUUCUAUUGUCAUAGUUGACCGCAUUCUCAACUUUAUCGGCUGCAGACAGUGCUACGGUGGUAGGGCAGCGUCGGCGUACAUAUCCGAUAUGUUGAAGCAGCCCAACGUCCUGAGAACUGACGGCGGAUGGUAUUCGAUUGGCCCUCUGAAAAAAUUGAACUGCGCAGAUUGCCGGAAGCCGUUCGGCCUGCGCUGCAAUACUUGCAAACGGAUUUAUUGUACGGAACCCAUAAUCAGCCGUUAUAGGAAUCGGCAAAAAUGCUGUGGAAAGAUACUUUCAACUCUCGAUCGACUUAGCGGCAUCGAAAUUUCUUCGUAUAACAAAUUCGUUGAUCGGCAUAACGAGUGUCUCGGAUAUAACGAUAACGAUGUCAGAAAAUUUUUUGACAAGCUGAAUCGCGGAAGCUUUUGUUGCGAUUACUGUGACCGGAAUUUUGGAGUGGGGCAGGGCGUGGCAAUGGCAUGUCGGAUGAUCGCAUGCCCGACGUGUCGAGAAAAGGCUCAAAUUCCGGAGAGGUGCCGACUCUGCCCGGCCGGGCCGGAGUUACAUCUUGAAUGGGUAAAGAAACGGAUCACCAAGUUUGAACGGAAAAAAGCUAAAGAAGAAAAAGUGGAAGAGAAGAAGAAAGCACGGAGUAUGAAACCGCUGAUGAAGAAGCGGAUGAUCAAGAAAAUGUAUUGCGACCAAAAGAUUUUCUGCGGCGCAUGCGCCUUCCGAGGCCAUCAAACUCACAAAUAUACCGAUUUGAUGGAAACAAAGUUGACGGAAAUGCAAACGUCAACUCGGGACUUCAUCAAACAGCACUACACUGGUUUAUACGGUAACAUUACUGGUGUCCACGAGGAAAUCACGAAGAACCACAACGAGCUGCUGGAGGCCAGCCUGGAGAACCUGGAGCUUGUCCCAAUCCAAGUUGAUUACGGCAGCGGAGAGCAAACCUGCUCCAAAAUUCGAGAUGUAGCUGAGAGCUACGAAAAAUGCUUUGAAGAAUAUCUACCGCAUGCCCGGAUUUACAAUAGCGCCUUGGAGAAGCUCAAGGAAAAAGUGAAGGAA